GAGGGAGAGGAAGGAGGAGGAGUAGAAAGAGGACAUGGAAAAAAAGUUUGAAAGAAGAAGACAGAGGUUCCAGCGGCCGGUUCGAGCACACAGGGAAUAAGCGGCUCUGCGAACAGCAACGAGAGAAAGGGAUUUGCACUGCUGCCGGGGAGCCGCCGGGCACGCGCCUUCUCCUGUGUGUGUGUGUGUGUGCGCGUCGUCGGGCGGAUUCGACGCGCGUGACUCCACGAUGAGGAGCGACCCUGUGAUGUUCACUUCCAGCCGGGCGAUGGAGGAGCUGGUGUGUGAGCUUCGUCUGUUCCUGGACCUGCUGGACAGGGAGUACCUGAGUGCCGGGGUCCGAGAGAAGAAGAUGCACCUCUCCAAAAUCCUCCACAGAGUCCUCUCGGAAAAAGAGCCUUCAUUCAAGUCAGAGAUCCACAGCGGUCUGCCGGCCCCCCCUCAGAUGCCCCUCCCUGCGAUCCCUCAUCCCUGGCUGUCUUCAAACAACGGCCCCCCUCCCCUGCCCAGCUCUUCUCUCCCCGAAGGCUACUAUGAGGAAGCGGUCCCUUUAAGCCCUGGGAAAGCUCCUGAGUACAUCACCUCCAACUAUGACUCCGACGCCAUGAGCAGCUCCUACGAGUCGUACGAUGAGGAAGAGGAGGAUGGGAAGGGCCAGAAGAUGCGUCACCAGUGGCCGUCUGAGGAAGCGUCCAUGGAUCUGGUGAAGGACUCGCGCAUCUGUGCAUUCCUGCUGCGCAAGAAACGCUUUGGCCAAUGGACCAAGCUUCUCUGUGUCAUCAAAGAUAACAAACUGCUGUGUUACAAGUCCUCCAAAGACCACACCCCUCAGAUGGAGCUGAGCCUGUCUGGGUGCAGCAUCACUCACAUCCCCAAGGACGGCAAGAAGAAGAAGCAUGAGCUGAAGAUCGUCCACCAGGGGGCGGACGCCCUAGUGCUGGCUGUGCAGAGCAAAGAACAGGCCGAGGAAUGGCUCAAGGUGAUGCGAGAGGUCUGUGUUAAUGGAAGUGUAGACUUGGAUGGGGCUGGAUCCGGAUCGCCCGUGCACAGACCUGAACUGGAAAAGAAGUCCUCCUGUGACAGGCCGAGCUCCGACGGAGAGGCGGUCCACGAGAACGGACUCAGCGACUGCAAGGACCAAGGAAAAGGGAAGAAGAACUCAAAGUCGGAGCACAAGACAGGGACGGUGGGGAAGGGUGCAGGGAAGAAGAUUACUAAGAUCAUCGGCCUUGGGAAGAAGAAGCCGUCGACAGAUGAGCAGACCUCGUCGGCAGAGGAAGACGUACCCACAUGUGGCUACCUUAACGUGUUGUCCAACAACCGCUGGCGGGAGCGCUGGUGCCGGCUGAAGGACAACCAGCUGCUCCUCCACAAGGACCGGGACGACCUGAAGAGCCACAUCGCCUCUCUGCCGCUGCGAGGCUGCGAGGUCAGCCCCGGCCUCGACCACAAGCACCCCUUCGCCUUCCGCCUGCUCCGCAACAGCCAAGAGGUGGCGGUGCUGGAGGCUUCCUCCUCUGAGGAGUUGGGUCGCUGGUUGGGGGUUCUAUUGGCUGAGGCUGGUUCCACCACUGACCCAGCCACUCUGCACUAUGACUACAUCGAUGUGGAGACCACUGCCAACGUCAUCCAGCUGGCCAAGCAGUCCUUCUGUUUCACCAGUAAGCGUGCUGUCUCACCUAACCCAUACCUGGACAACCCAGUCAACGGCUACGCGUGUCCCACUGGAAUGGCUCUGCAUUAUGAUGAUGUCCCCAUUAACGGAAUGGAACCCGAGGUGCUGCACUCAAGUCCCAGCACAGGGGGGCGCCAGCUGAAAGGGGAGAUGCACUAUGAGAAUGCUGAGCUCUACGAUAACAUUCCCUCACCCAAGCUGGCCUCUCGCUAUCCUCCCAAGCCCUCUUCCUCUCCUGCUUCCUCUUCCUCCAAGUCUGCCGGUCACUACAAAACCCCUGUUUCUAAAGUCUCCUCUAAACUCCUCCCUGCUGAUACUAAAACUAAAGCCACUGCUCAGCUGAAGGGAAAGAAGGGUGCAUCGACCAAUGGGGUGGCAUCAAAACAGAAGGCGGAGCCGAAAAACCAGUCCAAGAAGAGUGGAGUCAAUGGGACCAAUGGGACGGCCUCUCUGAAACGCAAUAACUCCAAUGCGGAGCAGUGCAAGUACGGAAAGAACCGCGUGGAGGCCGACGCCAAGCGCCUGCAGGCCAAGGAGGACGAGCUGAUGAAGAAGAAGCAGGAGAUCAGGAGCCAUCUGACGCAGCUGAAGAAGGAGAGGACAGACCUGCGCACUGCUGUGGAGGCCGCUGCCGGCAAACGCUCUCAUGGUUCCCUGUCAGAGCGGCUGAAGAAGUUGGAAGAGCAGUGCCGGCAGAAAGAGGAGGAGAGGGUGAACCUGGAGCUGGAGCUGACGGAGGUGAAGGAGAGCCUGAAAAAGGCGUUGAGCGGAGGGGUCACUCUUGGCCUCACCAUCGAACCAAAAGCCGGCUCCUCUGGCCUCCAGUCACCGGCAAUGCUGCGACGCACACAGGAGUCGUCUUCCUUCUCCAGCUGCGAGACCAGUGACACAGAGUCCUGCUCCCUGCCGGUCAACAGCGCGUCGCUGCUCCGACGGCAGCCGGCUGGUCAGAAGGCCUCCACAGUUCGGGGACACGUCCUCAGGAAGGCCAAGGAAUGGGAGCAGAAGAGCGGCACAUAAACCUCCUCACCCCCUCACAUCACUCUUUCUUUCAUUCCUUUGUUUUCUUUUUAAAAAUAUUGUCUAUAUAUUUAUUUAAAUUACAGUCCGGGGGUUAUUGAGGAGGACACAGUCAUUCACAUGAACUAAACGAGGGGCUGCUUUUAGUAUACUGUAAGUACCACAGCAUACAGACAUAGCAAACCUUUCCAACCCUUAUUCUAUCGAGCCUGCUUAGUAAACUAAGUUGUGCAACGUUUGUUGUUCGCUGCACUUUUCUUUUUUUAAGCAAACACCUUGUGUUGUUUUAUUUCAAUUCAGAAUCUGUUCCAGCAGUUUGGCUUGAAAAGGAUCUUAAGUCAAAACCAAGUAUUUAUUUGUAAAUGUUUAAAGGAAACAUUCCCUUUGUUUAUUUAUGUUGAUAUAUUUAAAGUUUUUUUUUCUUUUGUAGAAUUUGUUGCAAACAGAGGUCACGUUUUGAGGGUCAGAAUAAUCGUGACACACACCAGCUGAGAGUAACGGCACAGCUCCGUGCUAAAGGGCUAUUUCAAGAAGCAGAAUUCUCCUCAGCAUCAUUCAGAUAACAGCCCCCUUAUGAAACCACAUUCAAAUUCAAUAGAUCUAUAUUUUCAUUUGGAUCUGAAUCAAAUUGUACUCAUCAGUUUCCCUAAAUGUCAUCAAAACUCAUGAACGCAGAGCAUCAUGGAAAAUAAGAACCUGUGGCUGAUAGAAGCUGUUCAGGGAAACAGCAUUUAUGUGUAUUCUGCAGUAAUUCUGGAUUUAAGGAGGAUAGAACUUCUUUUGACAAAAGAACAAUAUAUUUUUUUUUUGAAUUUGCCAAUAAGUCAAAGGUUCUGUUGGCCUAGAUUCAAUCUGGGGACUUAUUGUUCCAUGCACAGGUGCCUACGGAUGCCGAUUAAAAUGUAUUAAUAUAUAAAAUGAAAAUAUAAAUAUUACCAAAUAUAUAGAACUUAACUUAAGAAAAUAAAUUCUUAUACAUUAAAUAAAAUCCACAUCAUUUGUGCUUGUAAAAUAACAGUUCUCAUUUCGGUAACAAGAAAUUGUAGAGAGAGAGCGAACGGUGCCCCCCCC